AUGCAAAAUGGAGGAACCGCAAUUUGUAUGGGACACUUCAGCUGUCGACUUCGGGCGGAAAACUUUCGCACGUUCUUCUCAAGGGCUGGUCUAGAAUGGGAAUAUGAAUCUUUCGAUCUUUGCCAGUCCUACCUGAACUCCGACUUCCUUCCCAAAGAGAUCACGGAAAUUUUACCCGUCACGCACUUCGCAAAGGCCGUCCAUUUGAAAAAUGUCGGUGAUGCUUCCUGGUAUCGUCUGCAGCAUAUCGUUAAGCGCAAGCAGGAUCAUGAUGAGGACGAAAUGUCUGAUGAGCAACCGGAACCGGCUUGGACUGUUCUCAAGGAUUCGACUCCUGUCGCAAUGGCACAGGUUGAGAAUGGUUAUAUGGGAUUCGUGGGCGACGUCAAUUCCUCUGAUGAUUCUAAUUUGGUUAUGAUCGCCAUGUGUGGACUCUAUGUCUGA